AUGAAUAUAUACAGUCAUCUGUGUGUGCAUGUAGGUAUAUAUAUAUACACAUAUACAUGUAUACACAUACACGUAUAUAUAUGUAUAUGUUUAUAUACAUUGUCAAAACAAAUUCCAGUUUUGUAUAUACAGUUUAGAUCGUUGUCGGGAACUCCAGCCAGCGAUGGUAAUAAUGUCACUAAUGCCGAAAUCUAUCGUAUCAUCACACAACAACUAUUGGAUGGAUUUGCUGUAUGGCGAGUGAAAAUGUACAAUGAUCGAGUGUUUGUCGAGAAAACACGUCGCAGUUACUGGUUAGGCGACAGGUACUUUCGUAUGGACAACGACUACUAUUGGUUGUCAAGAGAUACGUGCGCCUAUCGAAUGAAUGAUACGGAAAGAAAAUACCUCGUUUAUGAGGAUGGAAUGCCAAUUUAUGAUAUCAUUUAUCAGUGUCAACGCUACGCCGAGUAUUGUUGUGGCCUAGACUGUUGUAGGAUGUAUGAUCUUGAACAUCCACCGACAACUCCGAAAUAUCGAGGGCAUCGGUGGAACGGCGUUAUUUUUUAUAAUCCCAAUAUAUUUGUGGUUCUGAUGUCUCUGAUAUUCAUUAUUUGCUUCGAUUCAGCGAACUUCUUGACUAGUAUUUAG